AAACCUGCUGAGAAACAAAGAGCGAGAACUAAAAUUCUCAUGUCCAGGAAACUCAUUAAUAUUCAUGUAUGCUCAACUGAAACCAUCUCAGAACCUCGUAACACGGGUUUGUCUCCACACACACAUGUCAGGAAAGAUGUCGGAUGUCAAUGCUGCAACUUUCUGCUGUCAGCUCCCGAUUUUUCGCUGUGACCACUGACCAGUGUUUUGAGAGAGAAACAGACGUGAAAUGACUCUAUAGCCUAUCAGCUGACUUGGGUAUGAUUGGCCCACUGACCCAGAGGAGCAGAGGCCAGCACCAUAGGUUAAAAGCCAGCGCACAGUCUCCUCCCGCUCUCUCUUGCAUCUUCGACUGUCCCAAGACAACUCCUGCUGGUGUCCUCUCAGGCCAGGACGGCAGGCCUCGACCUGCCCCCACCAUGUGCUUAACACAGAGAGAAAGAACUCUUUCCCACUACAAGAGUCAAAUUAACAGCUUAAGUUGUUUCAUAUUUCUUCAUCCAACGCGGAAGAUAUUGAUUACAACUUCAGACCGAACCAUCAAGAAUUUCUCCUCAGCCUGCAGAUCUGGACACUCCUCAACAGCAAAAGGCAUCGUGCAAUUUGUUUGACAAAGAAUGGAAAUAUCUGCAAGAUGCUUGUGGAAACACAACCUGCACAAGAUCUGAUUUUUUAACUACUGUCUUCGUGUCUCUCAGUUUUCAACAAAAUCCACUAUUCUGUUAUUUGCUGUAAAGGCAUCCGUCAGAUGAUUCAACUAAUGGCACAGCAAGCUGAGGAAGUGUUUCCUCACUGCUCAUAUUAGCUGACGAGACUCCACUGACAUUUAUGUGACAUGAUCACUGUAAGGAUUAUUGUUCUCUUUACUGUUAUUGUUCCACUUCACUAUGAUUUUUGCUGGUGUCGAUGUGCUGGUGCUGAAUAUGAGAUAGAUGGGAGAUGCUGCCCAAUGUGUGCUGCUGGAAAUCGUGUUUAUUGGCCCUGCACAGAAGAUACCAGCACAACUUGUGCUCCAUGCCCUGAUUUCACUCACAUUGAUGAACCCAGCAGCUACACAAAAUGCUUUGAUUGUACUGUGUGUGAUGCUAGCCGAGGGAUAAGAGUGAAAAAAGCCUGUACUCGGUCGUCAGAUACUGUUUGUGAGCCACUGGAACAAUUCUACUGCACUGAACGAAAUAAAGAUAGCUGUAGAUUUGCUGUGAAACACUCUGAAUGCAGCCCUGGACAAUAUAUCAAACAAGCAGGAACUCCCUCCACAGAUACAGUAUGUGCAGAUUGUGAAGUCGACACAUAUUCAAACGGCUCUUUUUCAUCCUGUUUACCUCACACACAAUGUGAAGCACUGGGACUUACUGAAACAUCUCCAGGAACACAAUCAUCUGACAGUGAAUGUGGAAACACCACUACUGCACACAUUGCUAUUGUUAUAGUUACUUUAAUAAUAAUAAUAAUUGCAGUAGUAAGUUUUACAAUUGUACAUAUUCGAAGGAAGAAACGAUCUGGUACAGGAAUACAGGGAACAGGAAAUGAUUUCAAUGAAACAGUCAGUAUGGGUAAGUGUAGUAAAUCAUAUACACACACAGUUAAUCAGCUCUUGUACAUGAUGAGAAACUUCACUGACAUAAUAUUAGAUUUCAGUUGUGAUUUAUUUAAUAAUAUUUUAAUCUUCUGUGGUUUGAUUGUGAGAAAUCAAUGCAAAACAUACAAGUUGUUUAUGUGGUACAUUUUCUUUGAAUCCAUUAUAAAAUUGUUAACUGUUAUUUUUCUAAUAUUGCUAAAUAGUGUUUAAUUUACUAUUUGUGCCUUACGUUCAACAAAAGUGUUAUGUGCAUUUAUUAAAUUAAUUAUUUUCAUUUGGCAUACCUGCGUCAUGACGCCAUCGCACGCUUCAGUAGGUGGCGCGCCAGUGACGCGCUUCAUUCAGAGUAAAUAUCAAGGAAGCAAUUACUGUAGCGCUCUUCUUUUAUUUUUCUUUAUUCAUAUUUAUUGUACUUCUUUUCAGGUAAUUGCAAAACAAGAUGUACAAAACACACUUUUAUGUGAAUAUAAAAACUGUGUAAUGCGUUACUGAUGAUUUAAGUGUGUUGAAAGCUGUUCGUUUUACUAUACUGAUAGUGUGUCAUGAGUUUAGCAUGCCUGAGCACAUCGUUAGCAUGGGUGCCUCGCGAUUAGCGCGAUAGCCGCUAUAUGUGAUAAAUGGUCAGCAUAUCGAUGUUACUUGAGUGUAUAAAAGUUCAUGAUGUUGUUUCAGAUUUAUGGGUUAUCUUAAACUUGCACAUUUAGGUAAUUUAACCCUAUUGUGCCUGAGUUAUGCAUUACGUUUAUCUUAAUUAAUCUUUUAUGUGUCUUUAUUGCAAUGGCGCAAAAAUGGGGUAUGCAGUGCAUAAAAUUGUGCCAAACUUCUUUGAAAAGCUUUUCGAAUAAAACGUUUAAAAUAAAUUUAAAAAUUAUGUUUGUUGAAAAAUAAUGUUUGUUUAGCAUUUUAAAUUAGUAAAAAUAUAUAUAUUUUAUUAUAUCAAGUGAUAUCAACUGCUCAUUUUAACAAGAGCUGUUGCUCUGUUAUACGGACAGUCACAUGUCCAAAAUGGACAGAGGAGUGAAGCGGUCUGGGGCGCAGAACAGAAAACGUAAAAAAGAAAAUGAAAAACAGUGUUUAAAAUGAGGACAUCGAUGUCCAUGUGGAUAACAAGAAAUUGGUAAGCGUAACCUAUCAUUAUCACUGUAAGCCUCUGUCGGUCUGCGUGUAGCGCCGCUUCAAGUCUUUUAUGAAUGAUCCGCUGAAUCACUUCUGUUACAUUCAAAACGCAGAUUCAGAAAUGAAACACUGCUGUGUGUUGCGUGGAGAUGAACAGUUCUGCUUUGUCUUUAUAGUUUCAUUGGCAAAAUUGAACAAAACAGACACUAUUUUGUCUAAAAUAACACAAUAUAAACUUACUGAACUGUUGUAUAAAAUCAGUAGCCUAUUGCAUUUGCAUUCAUUAUAUUUGGGACAAAAACAGCACUCGUGUAAUACUGAAAUCCGUUACUUUUGUGAUACUGCUUAACUCAUAUGAUAAAUAUGAGACAAAAACUCAAUAAGGGGCAUUUUUGCUCCAAUAUCUUGAGUUUUAUGGACAUGCUAACUGACUAAAUACAUCAGAUACAAGGGAUUGAACAGCGUUUAAAAAUGUGCAUGUGGUUAAUAUCCCAGCUGGAUUGUUGUAUCGUCAAUUUAGUUAUUUUAUUUCAUUGUUAAGAGUAAAAUAUUAACUAAUAUGUUAUAUAUGUUUGGUGCUUAUGUGUACAUUUCCUAAAAUCCUAUUCUUUUUGCAAAAACAUGAGAUUUUAGUGUCACUGUGUCAGUUGUAAAUGGCACAAAUGUCUUUUUAGGACUAGAGCAUGUGAACUGUAUAGAGAGAUUUUGUUAAAUAGCCUGUUGAUCAUAUUUUCUUAAUUUUUCUAUUGUGAUGGACAGUGUUGGAAGUAAUUAUUCAGUCAUUACUGUGAAAAAGUGACAUGUGUUGAUGCUGUAAUGUACUGAGCUUAAUAUGCAUAUGCUUUCAUUAUUCAUUCAGAGUAAAUACGCCAUCAAGGAAGCCA